AUGUUCUCUUCUCACGUUUUCCACCCAGGUUCACAAAACAAGAUGCAGCAGCAAGCCGUCGCCGAAGAGGCAAGAGUACAAGAAAUCAGUUUACCAGAAUCACCCGUUCCGUGCACAGUGUACCUCCGCUGGGGCAGGUGGGCGGCCGAGUUCGACUGCAGAUACGAUAUUGAAAAGGACGCGGUUCACAGAGGGUUAUUUGCUUUCAAAUCGACGAACCACCCGAUACACCGAGAGAUCCACCUCCUUUACCCAUCCAACGCUCCCGUGCUCGAAGAAGACACGAGCCUGGACGACAACGGACGUCCGUUCCUCAGAUUGACACUUCGCCAGGGAACGAGCGAUGGGAAGCCGCGGUUGCCGGAGGAGCUUAUGACCGUUGAGGUGUAUGCGAAGAGGAUUCCGGCGGGGCAGCGUAGAGAGAUGAGCGAGAGGGAGCUGGACGGCUUUGGCUGGGAGAUAGAAGAAGGUACCAGUGAUCCCUGGGAAUUGGAUUUAUAG